AUGGGUUCUGCGCCAUCGCGUCAGGUGUCGACGGGCCCCAGCGGCACAAACUCAUCGGCAGGCCCUUUCAAGGCGGCGGAUCGGCGUAGCACCAAGCGAUCCAAGGGUGAGACAGCCAAGGAGAAAACGCUGCCCAAUGGCGGCAGCCAGCGUAAGAGCAGCCGCCAGACGAAGAGCAGCAAUUCAGUCGAAUUUGAGCAAGCCUGUCUGAGCGUCUUUCGCGCGGCCGACAAGGAUGGCAAUGGGUCCUUGGAUGCGCAGGAAUUUUGGAAUGUACUUCAUAGUCAGACUCUGAAUCUCAACCUCUCUGAUUCCGAGGUGAACGAGCUGCGCGACGCAGCUGAUACGGACAAGGAUGGCGUCAUUAGUUAUGAAGAGUUUAUUCCGGUCGUGAAGGAGCUCCUUCGCACCAUCUAUGCGCGCAAGGACGACGAUUGGAACGACUGGUCCUGCCUGACUGAUCCUGAAACAGGCAACACGUUCUAUCUCAACAAGCGUACGGGCGAGACAUCACGGCGUCGGCCCACACUCUAUCAUGAGGAGCGACGCGAGGUGGCCUCGUUUGAAAAUUUCGUUCUGCCCAAUGGUAAUGAGAUCACGACCUAUCUCAAUGAUGAUGGCACUCGGCUCUACAUGGACUGGGAUGAAAAUGAAUGGAAGCCCGUGCCAGCAGAAUGGGCCAAGCGUCUCCAGAAUGCCGAGGAUGGCCUGGUACAGCCUUCUGCCGUCACCGAUUCGAGCCCGGAAAGUGAUGGCCCUGAAGCCGAGGAUCCUCGCGUCGGGGAAAUGGUUCAUCCCCACUACGGCGCGCUCACCACCUAUCUCCUCGAGAACACCCGCAAUUCCCGACUCUACUACGAUAGCAAUUCGGGCGAGUGGCAGCGCAUGCCCCUGGAAUGGGAGUUUUACAUUCCCGAAGUCAAGGAAGCGGUGCAAGCCAUGAGCGAUGCCCUUCCGCAUUGGAACAAUGGCAAGGAGCAGCUGCUCUGCCUGCGAGAGUGUGAUUACAACGUCUUUGAUGCCAUUGCGUUUGGCGAAAUCAACUUUGCUGCGCAGAGCAAGGACCAAGGGCGGCUCUCCGCUGCCGAUCUUGCUCGCCUUGCGCAUCUGGAGAAGGAGCUGGCCCGCACGACCGAUGAGCUCAACCGGCUCAAGCGCGAGCAACAGGAGCAACAGUCAACUGCCACCAAGCAGCUCAUUCGCGAGAAGACCAAGGUCGAGGGCCUAACGGCACGUCGUGAGCAAAUGGCGCUCGAAACUCAGGAACAAAUGGACAUGUUGACCCGGGAGAACACCAAGCUGCGUGAGCGUGUCAGCCAACUGGAACAGCAGCAAGUAGCCGUGAGUGCUGAUGCCGACCGCAUUCGCGAUCUGGAGCGUCAGAUUGAAGCCUUGCAGGAUGAAGGCGAGCACGCACGUGUGGUCAAAGACUUGCAGGGUAAAAUGGAGCAAAUGCGUAUGGAGAACGUGGCACUCAAGCUCAAGGUGCAAAAUCUCAAGGAUCGCGUGAGUCAGGCCACGGGCAAUGCUGUGGCCUACAAGGCGCUCAGGACUCACCUGCAGGCCAUCCGGCGUGAGCACGGGGCCAUGCGUCAAGAGUUUCAAGAGUUACAGGAGCACAUGAGUCCCAAGCUGGAGGCGGCCGUGAC